AUGAGACUGGCUGAGGGAGACCUGUGGCAUCUGGUGUUCAGUGACCUUUACUUGCCGUUUACUGAGCGGACCAGUGAGUCUUUCCAGGAAGGACAAAUUACAGUGUGGUGUGUGUCACAGUGUGUCUCAGGCUCGUGUCACGGUGGGUCUCAGCCAGAUCAGGUGAUCUUGUAUUUUAAUGAAAGAUGCAGGGGUUUGUUAUUGUUCCUCUAUUACCGCUGGACUGAUUUACAUUUUACAUUUUAGUAAUUUAGCAGACGCUCUUAUCCAGAGCGACUUAUAGUAGCAAUUAGGGUUAAGUGCCUUGCUCAAGGGCACAUCGACAGACUUUUCACCUAGUCGGCUCGGGGAUUAGAACCAGCGACCUUUCGGUUAAUCAGUAAGCUACCUGCCACCCUUGCUGAUGCUAUAGAGAGAUACAAGAAACGGUUUCAUGCUGAAAAUGAAUGAAUAAUUAACCUUCUGGGCUCUAUUUAAGGCGGCGCUGGUGUCAAACGCAUAUUAGUUUGCAAUUUCGUCAUGUAAAAACCGGCGCACCGGCAUUUUCCAGCCCUAACGCCAGGUUCGGCAAUUUACCUGUCGAACAGGCAGCGCGGGUAGGGAUAUUUAAGACCAACCAAAAGCCGGUUUUAGCGGUAGUUGGUUAUGGCAUGAAUUUUGACAGCGGAAACGCCUCCUAUCCAGCCAUGACGCACACUGCCCAUAUAAACAGGGAACAAGAUGGAAUUUGGUUCCUGUAUGCUUUGUAUUUAGAAACAUAAACACUAAUGUUUUUUCCCUAUUUCAUGUUAUUUGAUUAAACACCAAGCAUGGCCUCCCCUCCUCUCAAUGACGGACGUUUUCUUCUGGUUCUGCACAAUGUAAUUAAGUAGGCUGGUCAAGACCGUCGAUAAAGGGUUUGGCUGCUGAGAUUGCUUGGAAAUACAUCUUAAUUACCAAAGCUGCGAUAAUUUGGGUUGUGAAAAUGGCAAAAAUAUUUCUGACACAACCCCGAACCUAUAGAAUUACCAUUGAUUUAGGUUUGUUAAAAUAGAGGCCUCUGACUCACACAAGAAAGAAAGAUUACACAGAUGACAGAUUAGUCAAUUAAAUAUAUUCAAUGUGGUGCACAAACACAACACACACACACACACACACACAAAACUGAGAUGCUCAUAGACAAUGCAAUCAUACAUUUAUUCACACUGGCACGUUCACCUACAGUUUAUACAGACACACAGAGAGUAGUCUCUGUCAUCAAUAAAAACAAAAGUCCAGCAGUAUAGAUAGACUUGGCCAGCUAGUGACAGAUUAUGUACUCUAUAAGCCCAGCAGUAUAGAUAGACUUGGCCAGCUAGUGACAGAUUCUGUACUCUAAAAGCCCAGCAGUAUAGAUAGACUUGGCCAGCUAGUGACAGAUUCUGUACUCUAAAAGCCCAGCAGUAUAGAUAUACUUGGCCAGCUAGUGACAGAUUCUGUACUCUAAAAGCCCAGCAGUAUAGAUAGACUUGGCCAGCUAGUGACAGAUUCUGUACUCUAAAAGCCCAGCAGUAUAGAUAGACUUGGCCAUCAAGUGACAGAUUCUGUACUCUAAAAGCCCAGCAGUAUAGAUAGACUUGGCCAGCUAGUGACAGAUUAUGUACUCUAUAAGCCCAGCAGUAUAGAUAGACUUGGCCAGCUAGUGACAGAUUCUGUACUCUAAAAGCCCAGCAGUAUAGAUAGACUUGGCCAGCUAGUGACAGAUUCUGUACUCUAAAAGCCCAGCAGUAUAGAUAGACUUGACCAGCUAGUGACAGAUUCUGUACUCUAAAAGCCCAGCAGUAUAGAUAGACUUGGCCAGCUAGUGACAGAUUCUGUACUCUAAAAGCCCAGCAGUAUAGAUAGACUUGGCCAGCAAGUGACAGAUUCUGUACUCUAAAAGCCCAGCAGUAUAGAUAGACUUGGCCAGCAAGUGACAGAUUCUGUACUCUAUAAGCCCAGCAGUAUAGAUAGACUUGGCCAGCAAGUGACAGAUUCUGUACUCUAAAAGCCCAGCAGUAUAGAUAGACUUGGCCAGCUAGUGACAGACUAUGUACUCUACUAGAAACUACAAUAAAACACAAAGUAGUUGGAUCUAUUUAGUUCCAUUCUGGACAGUAGUUACACCUAAUGGAAAUAGUUAAUUUUUUUACAUGAAAUUAUUAAUACAGAUUUGCUUAAUUUGCUUGUAUUAUUCAAACACUUUUGAAUUGAGAAAUGAUAAUUAGAAAUGAUUGUCAGAUCGACAAAAUGUAUUUAGUGUCACAUCCGGGCUCUGGGACUCUAUAUGUUGAGCCAGGGUGUGGUCAUUCUAUGUGUCGUAUUUCUAUGUCGGGAGUUCUAGUUGUGCUGUUUCUAUUAUGGCCAGAGUGACUCCCAAUCAGAGGCAACGAGUGUCAGCUGUGGCUGGUUGUCUCUGAUUGGGAGCCAUAUUUAAACUGUCUGUUUGCCCUUUGUGUUUUGUGGGAUCUUGUUCGAGUUGGUUUGUGUUUGACCGUUGACUGUCACGUUAUCGUUUUCUUGUUUUGUUCGUGCUUUCACUUAAUAAAGAAGUAUGUUCGCAACUAACGCUGCGCAUUGGUCUACUCCAUACGACGAUCGUGACAGAAGAUCCCACCAUACCAGGACCAAGCAGCGUGUCCAGGAGCAGGCAGCCUGGACGUGGGAGCAGAUCUUGGACGGGCAGGGGUCCUGGACCUGAGAGGAAAUCCUGGCCGGGAUGGAUCGCCGGCCAUGGAGUGAGACGGUAGAAGCGCGACGGAGAGAGGAGCAACGGCGUAAUCAGUGUCGGCGUCGGACGGACGAGAGGCAACCCCAAAUAAUUUUUAGUGGGGGGGCACAGGGCAUGGACAACGGGGCUGACGGAGGCAGAAAAGGGGCGAAUUCAGAAGACCACCAGGUUACGGGGGCCACUGGUCAAAGUAGGGAAAGAAGGUGUAGAGGCACGGCGAGAGGUACUGGGGUGUGUUACCAGUCCGGUCCGGCCCGUUCCAGAUCCCGGGGUAGAGCCAGUGGUGUGUGUCCCCAGUACGGUCCGGCCUGUUCCGGCCCCUCGCACCAAGUGUACGGUGCGCGUCGCCAGCCCGGCCCGGCCUGUUCCUGCCUUUCGCACCAAGACUACGGUGCGCGUCGCCAGCCCGGCCCGGCCUGUUCCUGCCCCUCGCACCAAGCCUACGGUGUGCGUCGCCAGCCCGGUCCAGCCUGUUCCUGCCCCUCGCACCAAGCCUACGGUGUGCGUCGCCAGCCCGGCCCGGCCUGUUCCUGCCACUCGCACCAAGCCUACGGUGCGCGUCGCCAGCCCGGCCCGGCCUGUUCCUGCCACUCGCAUCAAGCCUAUGGUGCGCGUCGCCAGCCCGGCCCGGCCUGUUCCUGCCACUCGCACAAAGCCUACGGUGCGCGUCGCCAGCCCGGCCCGGCCUGUUCCUGCCACUCGCAGCAAGCCUACGGUGCGCGUCGCCAGCCCGGCUCGGCCUGUUCCUGCUCCUCGCACCAAACCUACGGUGUGCGUCGCCAGCCCGGCCCGGCCUGUUCCUGCCACUCGCACCAAAGCUACGGUGCGCGUCGCCAGCCCGGUCCGGCCUGUUCCUGCCACUCGCACCAAGCCAGGGGUGCGAGUCGUCAGCCUGGUCCAGCCCGUUCCUGCCACUCGCAACAAGCCAGGGGUGCGAGUCGUCAGCCCGGUAAGGUCUGUUCCGGCUCCACGCACCAAGCCAGGGGUGCGCAUCGUCAGCCCGGUCCGGCCCGUUGCUGCUCCACGCACCAAGCCAGGGGUGCGCAUCGUCAGCCCGGUCCGGCCCGUUGCUGCUCCACGCACCAAGCCAGGGGUGCGAGACGUCAGCCUGGUAAGGCCCAUUCCUGCUCCACGCACCAAGCCAGGGGUGCGUAUCGUCAGCCCGGUCCGGCCAGUUGCUGCUCCGCGCACCAAGCCAGGGGUGCGCAUCGUCAGCCUGGUCCGGUCCGUUCCUGCUCCACGCACCAAGCCAGGGGUGCGCGUCGUCAGUCCGGCACAACCCGUGCCUGGGUCACCGUUGCCUGAUCAGGUACCGGUCGGCUGCUCCACACCGGAGCUGAAGCUAUCCUCUCCUACUACGUCCAGUUCAGCUCCAGCCAGCGGGGCCAGAUCGGACCAGGGGUGCUAUGGGGGGAUUAUUGGAGGGUGGUGGGCAAGCCAGAACCGCCGCCGAGGAGGAAUGCCCACCCAGCCCUCCCCUGUUUGGUUCUAGUUGAGGCGCGGUCGCAGUCCGCGCCUUUAGGGGGGGGGUACUGUCACAUCCGGGCUCUGGGACUCUAUAUGUUGAGCCAGGGUGUGGUCAUUCUAUGUGUCGUAUUUCUAUGUCGGGAGUUCUAGUUGUGCUGUUUCUAUGUUGGCCAGAGUGACUCCCAAUCAGAGGCAACGAGUGUCAGCUGUGGCUGGUUGUCUCUGAUUGGGAGCCAUAUUUAAACUGUCUGUUUGCCCUUUGUGUUUUGUGGGAUCUUGUUAGAGUUGGUUUGUGUUUGACCGUUGACUGUCACGUUAUCGUUUUCUUGUUUUGUUCGUGCUUUCACUUAAUAAAGAAGUAUGUUCGCAACUGACGCUGCGCAUUGGUCUACUCCAUACGACGAUCGUGACAUUUAGGUGUUAAUAUUUCUAACACAACUGGAUCAAAUACUUCCAAAAUGAAUCAAAGAUCUCUCUCACUCUCUCUCUCUCUCUCUCUCUCUCUCUCUCUCUCUCUUUCUUUCUCUCUCUCUCUCUCUCUCUCUCCUCUCUCUCUCUCUCUCUCUCUCUCUCUCUCUCUCUCUCUCUCUCUCUCUCUAACCCAGAAGAAUGUAGAGGGGAGGAUGAUUUAAACUUCAAUAUGUUCCCAUAUCUAUCCUCCCAUCCUGUGUUUUGGCUAAGGUCCCUAUUUCCUCAGGUCCAUAUUUCCCAGUAUCACUACCCACUUUAAUUUAGGAAGAGCCAGAACAUAAUUGCCUGCCUGCUUCUUUCCUAUUAGAAUUUCUUUAUAGAGCCAAUCAAGUCAUCAUCCUUUUUGCCAGCUCCUUUUCUACCACUUAUCUCCUCUCCUCUUUUCACUUCCCCCCUCUAGUGUGCCAUUCUACAGGCCUGUUGAAAGGAGAGGCUGUCUCCCUCAGCCCUCAGAUGGAGGGUGGAAAUGGAGGGUGAAAUGGUUGACCUGCUGUCUCUGUAUAAUUGUAACACAAACAAUCUAUUUGGAACAACCGUGUUCCAGUGCACUUUAAACCUCUACCCUCAUUUCAUCCCAAUCCAUUCUGCACUUUUCUCCUCCCUCCUUCACUCUCUCCUUCAUUCCUCUCCUUCCCUCUCUCCUUCACUCCUCUCCUUCCCUCUCUCCUUCAUUCCUCUCCUUCCCUCUCUCCUUCAUUCCUCACCUUCCCUUUCUCCUUCAUUCCUCUCCUUCACUAUCUCCCUCAUUCCUCUCCUUCCCUCACUCCUUCAUUCCUCUCCUUCCCUCUCUCCUUCAAUCCUCUCCUUCCCUCUCUCCUUCAUCCUCUCCUUCCCUCUGUUCUUCAUUCCUCUCCUUCCCUCUCUCCUUCAUUCCUCUCUUGGGGGUCAUAAUCACUUCUCAGUUUGUUCUCUUCCUCAUUAAAUGGAGCGUGGCAAACCAACGCUAUUUUUACUGGCCCGUCAGCCAUGGAGAGAUGGAUGAAGAGAGGGCGGGAGAGAGGGAUGGGAGGCCCCGGGGCCUGGGCUGGAAGCAGUGGAGAGAUGGAUGGAUGGAUCAAUUGACACGGAGGGGUAGAGGUGGAUGAAAGUGGAGGGGAGAGGUGAUUUUAGCUUUUUCUAAUCACAAUGAUUUACCUAGCUAUCAUACCGUGUCGGUUCAGCUGUUUCGACUUCAAUACGUUUACUUGUUGUUCUAUGAUGGGUUACAGGGUUACAAACUUUGAAAAUUAGGUAGAAUAAGCCCUUAGUCCACGAAGUUCUAAGAAAGAGUGAUAAUCUAAUGAGGGCUACAUUAGGCUGGGAUAUCACACCUCAGCACAUAUUACUGAUUAACAUCCACACAUACAGCCAGGGGCCCACGCACGCACGCACGCACGCAGACAGACAGACAGACAGACAGACAGACAGACAGACAGACAGACAGACAGACAGACAGACAGACAGACAGACAGACAGACAGACAGACAGACAGACAGACAGACAGACAGACAGAGACAGACAGACAGACAGACAGACACACACACACACAUAGGCACACACACAUAGGCACACACAUACAGGCACACACACACACAGGCACACACACACACAGGCACACACACAGAUGCACACACAGACGCACACACACAGACGCACACAUACACUCUGUCAUCUCUGCCAGUUUUCAUCCAAGGCUGCUCCUAACAGCUUCAUUACGUUUUUAAAAGGACAGCCCAAACAUGUUCACACUGCAGUCAAAAUGAAACGUCACCACGUUCACUGUCUGUGUUCUAUGAUGACGCAUCACUCCUCCCCACCUCCACUUCCUAAUGAUGUCAGUGAUGGACAAUAACAUCCUGCUCAUGGUGUGGUUGGUGUUGGAGGAGACAGGAGCUGUUAUUGUGACACACAAUGGCAAAGGCAAGCUCGCACACACACACACACACACCCACACACACAGACACACGCACGCACGCACACACACACACACACACACACACACACACACACACACACACACACACACACACGCACUCACACACACAUAGACACACACACACACACACAGACACCACCUGUUGAACCACCUGAUACACUAGCUAAUUGUAUUUUUGUACAAUAUAUACGUCACAAUAUAUACGUCACAAUAUAUACGUCACAAUAUAUACGUCACAAUAUAUACUUCACAAUAUAUAUGUCACAAUAUAUAAGUCAUAAUAUAUGGGGCGGCAGGUAGCUUAGUGGUUAAGAGAGGUCGCUGGUUCUAAUCCCCGAGCCGACUAGGUGAAAAAUCUGUUGAUGUGCCCUUGAGCAAGGCACUUAACCCUAAUUGCUCCUGUAAGUCGCUCUGGUUAAGAGCGUCUGCUUAAUGACAUAAAUGUAUAUAUGUCACAACAUAUAAACCGUGUCUGAGUCAGUAUGACUUACCGACAUUGAAACAAUUUAGUUUUCACCUGUAUCUACGCUCUCCAGCUCACUAACCUCUCUCUCUCUCAAUUCAAUUUCAAUUUGAGGGCUUUAUUGACACGGGAAACGUAUGUAAAAAAAAAAAGUGGUCAGAUUACAUUUACACUUGAGUCAUUUAGCAGACGCUCUUAUCCAGAGCGACUUACAAUCAGGGAGUGCAGAAAUUUUUCAUACUGGCCUCCCGUGGGAAUCGAACCCACAACCCUGGCGUUGCAAGUGCCAUGCUCUACCAACUGAGCUACAGAUGAAGCACAUGCUAAGCUACAGGACUGUUUUGGCCAGCACAUACUGGAAUAUGUUCCGGGAUUCUUCCGAUGGCAUUGAGGAGUACACCACAUCAGUCACUGGCUUCAUCAAUCCAGGCUCUGUCGUAGCCUGCCGCGACCGGGAGACCCAUGGGGCGGCGCACAAUUGGCCCAGCGUCGUCCAGGGUAGGGGAGGGAAUGGCCGGCAGGGAUGUAGCUCAGUUGGUAGAGCAUGGCGUUUGCAACGCCAGGGUUGUGGGUUCGAUUCCCACGGGGGGCCAGUAUGAAUAAAAUUAUAAAAUUAUGUAUGCACUCACUAACUGUAAGUUGCUCUGGAUAAGAGCGUCUGCUAAAUGACUAAAAUGUAAAUGUAAUCAAUAAGUGCAUUGACGACGUCGUGCCCACAGUGACUGUAUGUACAUACCCCAACCAGAAGCCAUGGAUUACAGGCAACAUCCGCGCUGAGCUAAAGGGUAGAGCUACCGCUUUCAAGGAGCGGGACUCUAACCCGGAAGCUUAUAAGAAAUCCCGCUAUGCCCUCCGAUUAACCAUCAAAGAGGCAAAGCGUCAAUACAGGACUAAGAUCGAAUCGUACUACACCGGUUCCGAUGCUCGUCGGAUGUGGCAGGGCUUGCAAAUUAUUACAUACUACAAAGGGAAGCACAGCCGCGAGCUGCCCAGUGACACGAGCCUACCAGACGAGCUACAUUACUUCUAUGCUCACUUCGAGGCAAGUAUCACUGAAACAUGCAUGAGAGCAUCAGCUGUUCUGGACUACUGUGUGAUCACGCUUUCCGUAGCCGAUGUGAGUUAGACCUUUAAACAGGUCAACAUUCACAAGGCCACAGGGCCAGUCAGAUUACCAGGACGUGUACUCCAAGCAUGCGCUGACCAACUGGCAAGUGUCUUCACUGACAUUUUCAACCUGUCCCUGACUGAGUCUGUAACAUAAACAUGUUUCAAGUAGACCACCAUAGUCCCUGUGCCCAAGAACACUAAGGUAAGCUGCCUAAAUGACUACAGACCCGUAGCACUCACGUCUGUAGCCAUGAAUUGCUUUGAAAUGCUGUUCAUGGCUCACAUGGUGUUCUUCGGCUUGCAAGCAACCCCCUUUUUCCUCCAAACAUAACGAUGGUCAUCAUGGCCAAACAGUUCUCUUUUUGUUUCAUCAGACCAGAGGACAUUUCUCCAAAAAGUACGAUCUUUGUCCCCAUGUGCAGUUGCAAACUGUAGUCUGGCUUUUUUAUGGCGGUUUUGUAGCAGUGGCUUCUUCUUUGCUGAGCGGCCUUUCAGGUUAUGUCGAUAUAGGUUUAGUUUUACUGUGGAUAUAGUUUUACUGUGGAUAUAAAUACUUUUGUACCUGUUUCCUCCAGCAUCUUCACAAGAUCAUUUGCUGUUAUUCUGGGAUUGAUUUGCACUUUUCGAACCAAAGUACAUUCAUCUCUAGGAGACAGUAUGCGUGGUCCCAUGGUGUUUAUACUUGCGUACUAUUGUUUGUACAGAUGAACGUGGUACCUUCAGGCAUUUGGAAAUUGCUCCCAAGGAUGAACCAGACUUGUGGAGGUCUACAAUUUUUUUCUGAGGUCUUGGCUGAUUUCUUUUGAUUUUCCCAUGAUGUCAAGCAAAGAGGCACUGAGUUUGAAGGUAGGCCUUGAAAUACAUCCACAGGUAUACCUCCAAUUUACUCAAAUUAUGUCAAUUAGCCUAUCAGAAGCUUCUAAAGCCAUUACAUAAUUUUCUGGAAUUUUCUAAGCUGUUUAAAGGCACAUUCAACUUUGUGUAUGUAAACUUCUGGCCCACUGGAAUUGUGAUACAGUGAAUUAUAAGUUAAAUAAUCUGUCUGUAAACAAUUGUUGGAAAAAUGACUUGUGUCAUGCACAAAGUAGAUGUCCUAACCGACUUGCCAAGACUAUCAUUUGUUAACAAGAAAUGUGUGGAGUGGUUGGAAAAUAAGUUUUAAUGAGUCCAACGUAAGUGUAUGUAAACUUCCGACUUCAACUGUAUGUGAAAAUGCUAUGAAUUGACUACUGGAAAGCGUUCAACACCAUAGUGCCCUCAAAGCUCAUUACUAAGCUAUGGACCCUGGGACUAAACACCUCCUUCUGCAACUGGAUCCUGGACUUCCUGACGGGCUGCCCCCAGGUGGUAAGUGUAGGUAACAACACAUCCGCCACGCUGAUCCUCAACACGGGGGCCCCUCAGGGGUGCGUGCUCAGUCUCUUCCUGUACUCCCUGUUCAACCAUGACUGCAUGGCCAGGCAUGACUCCAACACCAUCAUUAAGUUUGCCGACGACACAGCAGUGGUAGGCCUGAUCUCCGACAACAAUGAGACAGCAUGUAGGGAGGAGGUCAGAGACCUGGCCUUGUGGUGCCAGGAUAACGACCUCUUCCUCAACGUGAUCAAGACAAAGGAGAUGAUUGUGGACUACAGGAAAAGGAUGACCGAGCACGGCCCCAUUAACAUCGACGGGGCAGUAGUGGAGCAGGUUGAGAACUUCAAGUUUAUUGGUGUCCACAUCACCAACAAACUAUCACGGUCCAAACACACCAAGACAGUCGUGGUGAGGGCACGACAAAGCCUAUUCCCCCUCAGGAGACUGAAAAGAUUUUGCAUGGGUCCUCAGAUCCUAAUAAAGUUCUACAGCUGCACCAUCGAGAGCAUCCUAGCUAAUUGCAUCACCGCCUGGUAUGGCAACUGCUCGGCCUCCGACCGCAAGGCACUAAAGAGGGUAGUGCGUACGGCCCAGUACAUCACUGGGGCCAAGCUUCCUGCCAUCCAGGACCUCUAUACCAAGCAGAGGAAAGCCCUAAAAAUUGUCAAAGACUCCAGCCACCCUAGUCAUAGACUGUUCUCUCUGCUACCGCACGGCAAGUGGUACCGGAGCGCCAAGUCACUGGGGCCAAGACUCCUGAACAGCUAAUAUCAAAUGGACUAUUUGCACUGCCCCCCCCCCCCCCCCCCCUCUUUUAUGCUGCUGCUACUCUCUGUUCAUUAUCUAUGCAUAGUCACAUUAACUCUACCCACAUGUACAUAUUACCUCAAUUACCUUGACUAACCGGUGCCCCCGCACAUUGACUCUGUACCGGUAGCCCUGUAUAUAGCCUCCCUACUGUUAUUUCACAUUGACUCUGUACCGGUACCCCCUGUAUAUAGCCUCCCUACUGUUAUUUCAAAUUGACUCUGUACCGGUACCCCCUGUAUAUAGCCUCCCUACUGUUAUUUCACAUUGACUCUGUACCGGUACCCCCUGUAUAUAGCCUCCCUACUGUUAUUUCAAAUUGACUCUGUACCGGUACCCCCAGUAUAUAGCCUCCCUACUGUUAUUUUACUGCUGCUCUUUAAUGAUUGUUAUUAUAAUUUUUUUAUGUUAUCACUUAUUUUUCUUAAAACUGAAUUGUUGGGUAAUGGCUUGUAAGUAAGCAGUUCACUGUAAUACAACGGUCUAAACCUGUUGUAUUCGGCGCAUGUGAGAAAUACAAUUGGAUUUUAUUUUAUUUUGAUUUGAUUAGAGAUGCAUGUGUAAUUUGGUUAGCUAGCAAGAAAUGUGAAUCGCUUUGCUAUCUAGCAAGCUAGCUAUGCUGAACGACUGUUAUUCAGUUAGCAUAUCUCUUGUGUUCACAAAUUCACUCUGGCAAGCUGUCCACUCCGAUUUCAGAGAACUCUUGUCUGAGUGUGCCAGAGCGCAGAAAAACAGAUGAAUUUACGAACGCGCAACACCCACUGAAUAUGACCGGUGUCAGUAAACGUGGGCAAGGAAAGUAAUAGUUAGUCAAGAACGCUCUAGAUAACAUGUAAAGUGCCUAACCAGCUCUACUACGGUCAGUACAUUUUUACAUUUUUUACAUUUUAGUCAUUUAGCAGACGCUCUUAUCCAGAGCGACUUACAGGAGCAAUUAGGGUUAAGUGCCUUGCUUAAGGGCACAUCGACAGAUUUUUCACCUAGUCGGCUCAGGGAUUAGAACCAGCGACCUUUCGGUUACUGGCACAACGCUCUUACCCACUAAGCUACCUGCUGCCCACAGUAAAAUGGUCAGAAGUGUGUCUAGAAGUAGCUAGCCUAUCAAGGUAGCCAACUUUAGCCAGUUAGCUUGGGUGCUUGGUUGGGACAACGCAUGCAUUGGCAGUCAAACUGCAGAAGGACGACCAGGCUACUCCCCAUCGUUUAUUUUUUUUAAUUUUUUUGUUUAUCAGUACAACUUUGAUGGCCAACUAGCUGAAAAAGUUUGAAAAGGUUUAUCUAAUGUUCCUUUGUUAGAUUUGAGCUCAUCUAGCCCUGGCUAUCAUUAGUUGUUGAUCUUGUUGUUGGUGAUGUGCAUAUAGGGGAAGAUAGCCUGCCUUUUUAUGGUUGUUUGAUCAAUAGGACUGUGAAGUUCCCAAAUGUAAGAGGACUCCUAUGGUAUUUAGCUACAGCAUUUGCAGAAAUCCAUUCAAGUUUAUUUUGUGGCUUUUGCCGAAUGCAUUCUAAUCAUCUAAAGUCGCACUGUUGCAACUGAUUUUGUACGUUUGCCCACUGACAAAGACAUGAUCAGUCUAUAAUUUUAAUGGUAGGUUUAUUUGAACAGUGAGAGACAGAAUAACAACAACAAAAAAAUCCAGAAAAACGCAUGUCAAAAAUGUUAUCAAUUGAUUUGCAUUUUAAUGAGUGAAAUAAGUAUUUGACCCCUCUGCAAAACAUGACUUAGUACUUGGUGGCAAAAUCCUUGUUGGCAAUCACAGAGGUCAGAUGUUUCUUGUAGUUGGCCACCAGGUUUGCACACAUCUCAGGAGGGAUUUUGUUCCACUCCUCUUUGCAGAUCUUCUCCAAGUCAUGAAGGUUUCGAGGCUGACGUUAGGCAACUCGAACCUUCAGCUCCCUCCAUAGAUUUUCUAUGGGAUUAAGGUCUGGAGACUGGUUAGGCCACUCCAGGACCUUAAUGUGCCUAUUCUUGAGCCACUCCUUUGUUGCCUUGGCCGUGUGUUUUGGGUCAUUGUCAUGCUGGAAUACCCAUCCACGACCCAUUUUCAAUGCCCUGGCUGAAGGAAGGAGGUUCUCACCCAAGAUUUGAUGGUACGUGGCCCCGUCCAUCGUCCCUUUGAUGCGUUGAAGUUGUCCUGUCCCCUUAGCAGAAAAACACCCCCAAAGCAUAAUGUUUCCACAUCCACGUUUGACGAUGGGGAUGGUGUUCUUUGGGUCAUAGGCAGCAUUCCUCCUCCUCCAAACACGGCGUGUUGAGUUGAUGCCAAAGAGCUCGAUUUUGGUCUCAUCUGACCACAACACUUUCACCCAGUUCUCCUCUGAAUCAUUCAGAUGUUCAUUGGCAAACUUCAGACGGGUCUGUAUAUGAGCUUUCUUGAGCAGGGGGACCCUGCGGGCGCUGCAGGAUUUCAGUCCUUCACGGCGUAGUGUGUUACCAAUUGUUUUCUUGGUGACUAUGGUCCCAGCUGCCUUGAGAUCAUUGACAAGAUCCUCCCUUGUAGUUCUGGGCUGAUUCCUCACCGUUCUCAUGAUCAUUGCAACUCCACUAGUUGAGAUCUUGCAUGGAGCCCCAGGCCGAGGGAGAUUGACAGUUAUUUUGUCACCUUCUCACCAAGCUGCUUGGCGAUGGUCUUGUAGCCCAUUCCAGGCUUGUGUAGGUCUACAAUAUUGUCCCUGACAUCCUUGGAGAGCUCUUUGGUCUUGGCCAUGGUGGAGAGUUUGGAAAUGAUUGAUUGAUUGCUUCUGUGGACAGGUGUCUUUUAUACAGUUAACAAGCUGAGAUUAGGAGCACUACCUUUAAGAGUGUGCUCCUAAUCUCAGCUCGUUACCUAUAUAAAAGACACCUGGGAGCCAGAAAUCUUUCUGAUUGAGAGGGGGUAAAAUAAUUAUUUCCCUCAUUAAAAUGCAAAUCAAUUUAUAACAUUUUUGACAUGCGUUUUUCUGGAUUUUUUUGUUGUUAUUCUGUCUCACUGUUCAAAUAAACCUACCAUUAAAAAUAUAUACUGAUCAUUUCUUUGUCAGUGGGCAAACUUACAAAAUCAGCAGGGGAUCAAAUACUUUUAUCCCUCACUGUAGGCCUACUGAAUUUAUGAAAACGUGAAAAUGACCAUAUCUAAGUGCUCGCUUGUCAGAAAAUGAAAAAGUGUCAUAUUCUUCCUGGGGUUGUAUAUGAACAUAUUUGAAUCAGAAUUCAUGUUGCUAAAAUGCUGUUAGUUCCACUUUAAACAACCGUAGGAAUGUGGUGUAUAUUUGUUCUUAACCCUUCCCUUAUGUUCCGUUCAGCCUACACCGGUUGCGUUCCAGUCAAUUUGACCCGUAUAGUACAGUACGUACAUCGUGAGGGGGCGGCAGGUAGCCUAGUGGUUAAGAGUGUUGGGCUAGUAACUGAAACUGUCACGCCCUGACCUUGAGAGGUCUGUUGUCUUUAGUUGGUUUGGUCAGGGUGUGAGAUUCUAUGCUGGAGACUCUAUGUUUGUGAUCUAGGUAGUGUAUUUCUAUGUUUGGCCGGGUGUGAUUCCCAAUCAGAGACAGCUGUCGCUCGUUGUCUCUGAUUGGGGAUCAUACUUAAGUAGCCUGUUUGCCUACCUUCAUUGUUGGAUAUUGUUCCGUGUUAGGCUCGUAUUUGUUUAGCCUGAGGACUUCACGUUACGUUGUUUCUUAUUUUGUUUAAUGUUUAUUUGACUUAAUAAACAUGUUCGCAUACCACGCUGCACCUUGGUCUGACCCGUCUCUCAACGACCGUGACAGAAACUGAAAGGUUGCUGGUUAGAAUCUGUUGAAGUGCCCUUGAGAAAGGCACUUAACCCUAAUUGCUCUGCAUAAGAGGGUCAGCUAAAUGACUAAAAUGAUAAUAAAUAUAUGAUUUUAACCUCCCAAAAUGUAUUUUCUAGUAGAUGAGAAUGUCCUCUUUCAUAUGCUUGAUUAAAAUGCAAAUCAAGAUAAUAAAUAUAUGAUUUUAACCUCCCAAAAUGUAUUUUCCAGUAGAUGAGAAUGUCCUCUUUCAUAUGCUUUUUUUCCCCUGAGUUGAUAGACCCAACUGUUCAUAAUUUAGAGCCAAAUGUUUGAUUACUGUACCAAAGUGUUAAAUCAUUCAAAUUAUGACAUUUUACGACAUUUAUGAAAUUAGUAGAUUGUUUUGGCCAAACUUCAGAUCACUGUUCCUCGGCCUCUGAACAUCACAGGGAAAACAUACGUAUAUCCUUGUGAUCAUCAUGGAUAGAUCUUUACUGCACAGAAUACCAUUUGUCUCUAGCGUCAAGGUCAAAGGUCUAGGUCAUGGUCAAAUUGACUUCAAGUUGACAUCAGAUCAGUGUUGCUCAGUCUCUGAGCAUCAUAGGGAAAUCAUAUGGGAUAUAGCCCUAACACAACUACAGUGGGGGAAAAAAGUAUUUAGUCAACCACCAAUUGUGCAAGUUCUCCCACUUAAAAAGAUGAGAGAGGCCUGUAAUUUUCAUCAUAGGUACACGUCAACUAUGACAGACAAAAUGAGAAGAAAAAAAAUCCAGAAAAUCACAUUGUAGGAUUUUUUAAUGAAUUUAUUUGCAAAUUACGGUGGAAAAAAAGUAUUUGGUCAAUAACAAAAGUUUCUCAAUACUUUGUUAUAUACCCUUUGUUGGCAAUGACACAGGUCAAACGUUUUCUGUAAGUCUUCACAAGGUUUUCACACACUGUUGCUGGUAUUUUGGCCCAUUCCUCCACGCAGAUCUCCUCUAGAGCAGGUGAUGUUUUGGGGUUGUCGCUGGGCAACACAGACUUUCAACUCCCUCCAAAGAUUUUCUAUGGGGUUGAGAUCUGGAGACUGGCUAGGCCACUCCAGGACCUUGAAAUGCUUCUUACGAAGCCACUCCUUCGUUGCCCGGGCAGUGUGUUUGGGAUCAUUGUCAUGCUGAAAGACCCAGCCAUGUUUAAUCUUCAAUGCCCUUGCUGAUGGAAGGAGGUUUUCACUCAAAAUCUCACGAUACAUGGCCCCAUUCAUUCUUUCCUUUACACGGAUCAGUCGUCCUGGUCCCUUUGCAGAAAAACAGCCCCAAAGCAUGAUGUUUCCACCCCCAUGCUUCACAGUAGGCAAGGUUGCCUUUGGAUGCAACUCAGCAUUCUUUGUCCUACAAACACGACAAGUUGAGUUUUUACCAAAAAGUUAUAUUUUGGUUUCAUCUGUGUCACAAGCUGGGCUUGAACUCAGGUCUCAGAUGAGGAGAGUUGGGUGUUCUACCCCUUAGCCACAGAGGAGGUAUAGUAGGACCCAAACGAAACACCCAAGGCAAUACUCUAGGCAAAGUAGAUUUAAUAUAAAAAAAGGUAUUUUUUUGCACUUCAAAAAUAAUCCAACAAAAGUUCUUCUCAGAAAGAGGUAUACUAACAGAGGUACAGUAAACAAAACAGGAGGACCAAACAAAAUAACUCCACGAGGGGAGAAAAACAAAAUAAAGAUAACUUAGAAAAGCUUACUCGGAAAGACUCUGUGGGACACAGCAGGAGACACAUAGCCAGGACUCAAAAACCAAGUGAGGAACAAGGGGAAAAAACACAGCUAAAAUACUCUAGGGGAAACAAGGCACAGGUGACCUGGAUAAAGCUAAUAAGGACACACGAGGGAGAACUAAGGCAGAGGGGAACACAGAUGACCUCUAGAGGCCCGGAGACAAACAGGAGGCAGGAAGCUGACAAUCUGACCAUAUGACAUUCUCCCAAUCCUCUUCUGGAUCAUCCAAAUGCACUCUAGCAAACGUUAGACGGGCCUGGACAUGUACUGGCUUAAGCAGGGGGACACGUCUGGCACUGCAGGAUUUGAGUCCCUGGCGCCGCAGUGUGUUACUGAUGGUAGGCUUUGUUACUUUGGUCCCAGCUCUCUGCAGGUCAUUCACUAGGUCCCCCAUGUGGUUCUGGGAUUUUUGCUCACUGUUCUUGUGAUCAUUUUGACCCCACAGGGUGAGAUCUUGCGUGGAGCCCCAGAUCGAGGGAGAUUAUCAGUGGUCUUGUAUGUCUUCCAUUUCCUAAUAAUUGCUCCCACAGUUGAUUUCUUCAAACCAAGCUGCUUACCUAUUGCAGAUUCAGUCUUCCCAGCCUGGUGCAGGUCUACAAUUUUGUUUCUGGUGUCUUUUGACAGCUCUUUGGUCUUGGCCAUAGUGGAGUUUGGAGUGUGACUGUUUGAGGUUGUGGACAGGUGUCUUUUAUACUGAUAACAAGUUCAAACAGGUGCCAUUAAUACAGGUAACGAGUGGAGGACAGAGGAACCUCUUAAAGAAGAAGUUACAGGUCUGUGAGAGCCAGAAAUCUUGCUUGUUUGUAGGUGACCAAAUACUUAUUUUCCACCAUAAUUUGCAAAUAAAUUCAUUAAAAAUCCUACAAUGUGAUUUUCUGGAUUUUUUUCUUCUCAAUUUGUCUGUCAUAGUUGACGUGUACCUAUGAUGAAAAUUACAGGCCUCUCUCAUCUUUUUAAGUGGGAGAACUUGUUACAAUUGGUGGCUGACUAAAUACUUUUUUCCCCCACUGUAUAUCUACACAAUGUGGGAUAUGGCCCUAACACAACUAUAUCUACACAAUGUGGGAUAUUUUACAGCUAAGCAGAAAUGUAAUGUUCCUUUCUGUAAUAGCGUUAGGCCUGUUGAGACACAAUCUGCAAACUAAUAUCAAAAUCGAUAUUGCUGUGGUGUUAACAGCAGCCAUGUCACGGCUACACUAUCAAUCUGAUGUUUCACCAGCACAGUGCACACAUGUUUAGCUGUUUCAUAUACAGUGCAUUCGGAAAGUAUUCAGAGCCCUUGACUUUUUCCACAUUUUGUUACGUUACGGCCUUAUUCUAAAAUUGAUUAAAUUGUUCCCCCCCCCUCAUCAAUCUACACACAAUACCCCAUAAUGACAAAAGAAAACAGGUUUUUAGAAUUUUUUUGCAAAUGUAUAUAUUUUUAAAAACUGAAAUAUCACUAAUUAUAGGUCCCAUGACCAUGCGUGUGCGUGUGCGUGUGCGUGUGUGUGUGUGUGUGUCUGUAUGCAUGUAUCUGUUCUGACACAUUGUGUUGUCCCCUUGUGUGGUCAAUCAGAACACUGCCUCUAAAGCUUUACACCUCUGUUCUACUGCAGAUCAACAGCAGGCCAUGACGCAUGCAGGCUGAACCCUGGCUGAGUUGGCUCAGUUCAUCAGUGUGUGUAUCAGAGUGUGUAAUAAGGUGUGUGUGUGUGUGUGCGUGUGUUUGUGUGUGUAGGCGUGCGAAUAGAAACAAACAAAAAAAUAAACAAACAAACAAACAAACAUAAUGGAAAAGCACUUUGGUGGCCAUCAGGAUGUUGGGAAAAUGUUGGUUCUCAUUUGCUUUGCUUGGAGACACAGUAUGCUUGUUUUGGAUAUAUGAUUGUUCUGGAGAUGUGAUUGUUCUGGAGAUGUGAUUGUUCUGGAGAUGUGAUUGUUCUGGAUAUAUGAUUGUUCUGGAGAUGUGAUUGUUCUGGAUAUGUGAUUGUUCUGGAGAUGUGAUUGUUCUGGAGAUGUGAUUGUUCUGGAGAUGUGAUUGUUUUGGAGAUGUGAUUGUUCUGGAGAUGUGAUUGUUCUGUCCAUUACCACCUCUCAGUGAAAUCAGAGGACUGAAAGACGGUUUAUCUGAUUGUGAUCAUUGUUAAUGAGACUGAGUGUGUCUCACAGCAGCCUGAUAUCCCAUAGUCCCCUUGUUGUCCAUCCCUCAGGCCUGUUCUUUUGGAUACAGACAGACAGAGAACAUCCACAACAAUAACAACUCUGUCUGAUCCUCCUCUUCUCUCUGGGUUACUGUAGUAAAACCUCUUUAUUCUCUCCUCUAUUUUCUCUCUCCUCUCUCAUCACUGUCUCUCUGUUCUGUGCCAAGAAGGAUAGGGAGAGGAGAAAGAGAGAUGGUGGAGUUGAUGAGGUUAGAAACUACCGUCAAAGGUUCUGUGAGGGACCCGUAAAAACUUUCUGCUAUGUCUGGUGGGUUUCAUAACCUUUAACCUCUUUAUAACAUUUCAAUAAUGGUGAGACGGGAGACAGGAAAAAGUUCAUCCAUUUAUGUAGAACGUGUCCAUCUCAACACAUACAGCCCCCAUGAUGCUCUGCAGCACAACCCUAAAACACAACAACUCCUCCCCUCCUACAUGAAUUGUCCCCAUUAUGAAAAACUAUUAUGAACAACCUUACAAGUCCAAUUGUUUUGGUGCCCGCCUAUCUCUCACAGGGUAACGGCGGUCAACCUGACUCUUAAAACAUUGUUGACUCUCAACAACGUCUCUAGACUGUGGCGUUGACACAGGUGUAGGUAUGUGAGUAGACUGUGUCACAUGCCUACUGUGUCACAGUCUCAUCACACACUUGUGUGGGUGCGGCUGAGUCAGUGUCCUGAGAAGGUGACUGUGUGAGGCCUUAGGUGAUGACUGCUGGGUCAGGGUGUCACCCAGGAACAGUCCUUGGCGUUCGGAGGUUUGAGUAUGUCGAAGCUUGUGCGUAACUCUCUCUUCAAGAGUAGCGAUGCAGGCGAAGCCUUGGUGGUUGCGUGAGGUGUCUUCCUGCAGCAUAGCAGGAAGCUGUUCAGUCAUUGGUCCCUUGACCUUUAAGCACUUUUAAGGCAUUUUGAAUGGUCGGUACGAACCUCUCCGCCAGCCCAUUGGUUAAUGGAUGGUACGGUGCGUACCUGAUGUGCUGUCCGCCAUUCAACUGCAGGAACGUGGGACACCAGCUGCGGUCCGUUGUCACAUACGAGUUGGAGUGACAUUUCCGAACCGACGACUAAACACUUCUCCAAAACUUCUCGACGGUCUUCUCUGCAGUAGUAGACCUCAUGACGGCAACCUAACCUCUGGCCACUUGCUAUGAGCAAUCCACAACCGCGAGAAACGUUGUGUCUUUCGAAAGGACCUGCGAUGAUGAUGCGUAUUUGUUGCCACGCCUUCUCCUGCCAGUGAAGAGGUGCGAGCCUUCUGACACGAGGAACGCGCUUUUGUUUCCUCCUCAAUGCUUCCAUCCAACCACGCCUUCUCCGGCCAGUGAAGAGGUGCGAGCCUUCUGACACGAGGAACGUGCUUUUGUUUCCUCCUCAAUGCUUCCAUCCAAUCCGGGCCACCAGAAGUAGCUUCGUGCGAUUUCCUUCAUCUGAACCAUUCCACAAUAAUCUGAGCGAUAACUAUCCUCCCCCCCACAGUAGACAACCAGACUGUACCGACAGCUCAGUUUCUCCUGGAAAAGGUAAGGUUUCAAAUCCGGAGCACCUCCUUUGAUGAUGAUGAUGAUGUCCAUCACUUCAGAUAACACCGGGUUGUUUCCGGUAUUUCUCCACACCUGUGUUGAAGUGACUUGGGGCAUUUUCCACUUGUCUGAAGUAGAAGAUGUCCACUUGACGUGACUCCAGCAUUUUGAUUUGAUUUAUUAGCUUCCCCAUUAGCCGACGCCAAUGGAGACAGCUAGUCUUACUGGGGUCCGACAUGUUCACCACAGGUAGCAUGACCACAGAUAGCAUGACCACAGGUAGAAUGACCACAGUUAGCAUGACCACAGGUAGUGGUAACCUGCAGAGUCCAGCUACGUUGCACUUCAGUGCAGUGCAGUUCGGACUUGCGGUACUUGAUAUAGUAGGUGACAAGAACUGAAGAAUGAAGAAAUGAAGAAUGCACAUUUGUCCUUACGAACUCGCCGUCCGUAGUCCUUCAAUCUCUGUAAGGUCACAUCCAAGUCCUGGAGACGGUCCUCUUCAUCCUUUCCGGUAAUGAGGAUGUCAUCCAGGUAGCAUUGUACUCCUGGCAAUCCACCCAAGAUCUGGUCCAUCACCCUCUGGAACAGUGCACUUUUGAUUCCAAAUGGUAGAUGACUGUACGUGAAGAGCCCUUUGUGUGUCGCGACGCCCAGCAAUUCUUUUGACUUUCAUCCACGUGCAUCUGCAAGUAGGGUUGGCAGUGUUCUAUUUUUUUUUUAUAGGACUUUUGUAUAUAUUGUGAAGCAUAUAUUGUGACGUAUAUAUUGUGACGUAAAUAUUGUACAAAAAUACAAUUAGCUAGUGUAUCAGGUGGUUCAACAGGUGGUGUUUGUGUGCGUGCGUGCGUGCGUGCGUGUGUGUGUGUGUGUGUGUGUGUGCAUGUGUGUGUGCGUGUGUGUGUGUGUGUGCGUGUGUGCGUGUGUGUGUGUUAGUGUGUGUGUGCGUGUGUGUGUGUGUGUUUGCGUGCAUGUGUGUGUGUGUGUGUGCGUGUGUGUGUGUGUGUGUGUGUGUGUGUGUGUGUGUGUGUGUGUGUGUGUGUGUGUGUGUGUGUGUGUUAGUGUGUGCGUGUGUGUGUGUGCGUGCGUGUGUGUGUGUGCUAUACAUUGUGUUGUGCUAUGCCAAUGCAUCCUACUUCCUGGAUGUUUCCUUGACUGUGUGAUGUCAUCAGACUGGGCCGGCCUGGGGUGGACUGCUACAGCCAGCAUGAGAGUGGAGCCGCAGUUCUUCAGCUACAGUUCCUCAUCAAUGAGGUAGGACUGCUUCCAUUCUAUUCCCCCUGUCUCUACAUCCACAAGUCCAGUUGGAAUACAGUAUUUAGUUGGUAUUCUCUCAGCCGUUUAAAAACACAUAAUCUGUUCUGGAAUCUGAGAGGGAGAGAGAGAGAGAGAGAGAGAGAGAGAGAGAGAGAGAGAGAGAGAGAGAGAGAGAGAGAGAGAGAGAGAGAGAGAGCAUAGAGAGCGAGUGAGAGCAGAGCUGAGAGCGAGACGCGAGAGAGAUAGAGAGCGAGAGCGAGGAGAGAGAUCGAGGCUCUGAGAGAUCGAUAGCUAGCGCGCUAUCUUCUGUAUGUAGAGUGAGUGAUAUAGUAAAGAGAAGAGAGAUGUAUUGAUAGCUGUUGAUAGAGUUUGCUCUUUUUAUCUGAGGGUGAAGCAAGAAGGAUUGUUUUCUGAUGAAAACAAACAAAACCAUUGACGACCGCAGAGCAGAAUGGAUUAUUCAAAACCAAUGGCCGGAUAAAUGCUGAUGUAUACUCCCAACUAGCUCUCAUAGUCUCACAUCAGAAUUAGAUGUUCAUCCACGUUUCUAAAAUGUCAAAUUUAAAAGUUGCUGCAAACGUCAACUUUAAAAUAGUUUAAGCUUAAGUUUAGACAUUAACUCAAAAUGUUUAAGGUUAUGGUUAAGUUUAGGCACUCAUUCUGAAUGGGUAAGGUAAGGGUCAAGGUUUGGGAUAGGGUUAAAACAUUAUGUUUAGACACUCAUUCUGAAUGGGUAAGGUAAGGGUUAAGGUUUGGGAUAGGGUUAAAACAUUAUGUUUAGACACUCAUUCUGAAUGGGUAAGGUAAGGGUUAAGGUUUGGGAUAGGGUUAAAACAUUAUGUUUAGACACUCAUUCUGAAUGGGUAAGGUAAGGGUUAAGGUUUGGGAUAGGGUUAAAACAUUAUGUUUAGACACUCAUUCUGAAUGGGUAAGGUAAGGGUCAAGGUUUGGGAUAUGCUCAAAACAAUGAUUUCAAAAACAUCUUUCUGUUGCUGGAUUUGAACUUUUGUAACCUUUGUAAUCAGAGGCAGAUGCUCACAUCAUCUCCCGACACACUGACUUGUAUCACGGAUGACCUGGCUGCUACUGCACACACCAAUCAAUGAUCACACUUCCUCUUCUACGUGCAUAUAAGAGUUACACACGUUAUACAUGUAGUAUUGUGUACAGUACGUUGAUACAGAUGUACACCAACAAAAGAUAUUGACAUUUAUGUUCUCUGGUCUCUCUGGACUCACACACUCACGCUGUGGUCUCGUGUGGCUCAGUCGGUGAAGCAUGGCGCUUGCAACAUCAGGAUCAGUUGGUUCGAUUCCUGUUGCCACCCGUAUGUCAAAUGUGUGCACGAUUGACUGUAAGCUGCUUUUGGAUGAAAGGGUCUUUGCAAAAUGGGACGUUAAUAUAUUGAAACGCUUAUUUUUUUUCCAGUGACUCACAGCGCUGAUCUUGACACAUCUCUGAUGGCUCUGAUGCAGUGAGGUGUGUGGGUUGUCUGGUAUGACAUCCUGAUGUUUGGACACCCAGCUACCAGCCCCCUUGACAUGCUGCUGGGGUCCUGAAGUGAUCAGCCUCUGCCUCCCUCACACUGCCGAUGACGAGAGCCCAGCUUCUUUACAUUAAAAUACAGCUCUCAACACACAGACACUGUGCCAGGGUCCUUGGCGAUGCUGUAGAAUUGAUGUGCUGGACAAAAAUGGGUUAUUCUUUGCACUCUUUAAUAUGCCCAUCGCUUUGUUAUUGGCCUGAUCUGCUGCAUCCCAGGGCCCUGCUUUCAUUCAAACCCUGCAUUGGUGCCUUCUAAUGACUAUAUUCAUGAAAUCACUACAUUCAUAGUGUCAUUGUUCAGCUUUAAUCCCAUAAGCUGGACUCAUUCACUCCUGAGGACAAAGGCUCCAUGUAAGAGGGUGACUAAAUGCUGUCUCUCUCUGUAAGAGGUCGACUAAAGGCUGCCUCUCUAUGUAAGAGGGUGACUAAAGGCUGUCUCUCUCUGUAAGAGGGUGACUAAAGGCUGUCUCUCUCUGUAAGAGGUUGACUAAAGGCUGUCUCUCUCUGUAAGAGGUUGACUAAAGGCUGUCUCUCUCUGUAAGAGGUUGACUGAAGGCUGUCUCUCUAUGUUAGAGGGUGACUAAAGGCUGUCUCUCUAUAUAAGAGGUUGACUAAAGGCUGUCCCUCUCUGUAAGAGGUCGACUAAAGGCUGUCUCUCUAUGUAAGAGGGUGACUAAAUGCUGUCUCUCUCUGUAAGAGGUCGACUAAAGGCUGUCUCUCUCUGUAAGAGGUUGACUAAAGGCUGUCUCUCUCUGUAAGAGGUCGACUAAAGGGUGUCUCUCUAUGUAAGAGGUCGACUAAAGGGUGUCUCUCUAUGUAAGAGGUUGACUAAAGGCUGUCUCUCUCUGUAAGAGGUCGACUAAAUGCUGUCUCUCUAUGUAAGAGGGUGACUAAAUGCUGUCUCUCUAUAUAAGAGGUUGACUAAAGGCUGUCUCUCUCUGUAAGAGGGUGACUAAAGGCUGUCUCUCUAUGUAAGAGGGUGACUAAAUGCUGUCUCUCUCUGUAAGAGGGUGACUAAAUGCUGUUCCUCUCUGUAAGAGGUUGACUAAAGGUUGUCUCUCUAUGUAAGAGGGUGACUAAAUGCUGUCUCUCUAUGUAAGAGGUUGACUAAAUGCUGUCUCUCUAUGUAAGAGGUUGACUAAAUGCUGUCUCUCUCUGUAAGAGGGUGACUAAAGGCUGUCUCUCUAUGUAAGAGGGUGACUAAAUGCUGUCUCUCUCUGUAAGAGGGUGACUAAAUGCUGUCCCUCUCUGUAAGAGGGUGACUAAAGGCUGUCUCUCUAUGUAAGAGGGUGACUAAAUGCUGUCUCUCUAUGUAAGAGGGUGACUAAAUGCUGUCUCUCUACAUAAGAGGUUGACUAAAGGCUGUCUCUCUCUGUAAGAGGGUGACUAAAGGCUGUCUCUCUAUGUAAGAGGGUGACUAAAUGCUGUCUCUCUCUGUAAGAGGGUGACUAAAUGCUGUCCCUCUCUGUAAGAGGUUGACUAAAGGCUGUCUCUCUAUGUAAGAGGGUGACUAAAUGCUGUCUCUCUAUGUAAGAGGUUGACUAAAUGCUGUCUCUCUAUGUAAGAGGUUGACUAAAUGCUGUCUCUCUCUGUAAGAGGGUGACUAAAGGCUGUCUCUCUAUGUAAGAGGGUGACUAAAUGCUGUCUCUCUCUGUAAGAGGGUGACUAAAUGCUGUCCCUCUCUGUAAGAGGGUGACUAAAGGCUGUCUCUCUAUGUAAGAGGUUGACUAAAGGCUGUCUCUCCAUGUAAGAGGUCGACUAAAGGCUAAUUCGAUGGUUGGUUUCCCUGUGUGAAUGAAUGAAAUGUUCCCUGAAUUAUACAUCUGAAUAGUAAAUGGGUUCUAGAGGGACCUCUGUAACUCAGAUGGUAGAACAUAGUGUUUGCAACGCCAGGAUAGUGGGUUUGAUUCCCUGGACCUCCCAUAUGUAGAAUGUAAGCAUUCAUGACUGUAACUCGCUUUGGAUUAAUGUGUCUGCUGAAUGGCAUACAUUAGCGGUCAAAAGGUUUAGAACACCUACUCAUUCAAGGGUUUUUCUUUAUUUCUACUCUUUUGUACAUUGUAGAAUAAUACUGAAGACAUCUCAACUUUGAACUAACACAUAUUGAAUCAUGUUGUAACCAAAAAAGUGUCAAACAAAUCAAAAUAUAUUUUAUAUUUGAGAUUCUUCAAACAGCCACCCUUUGCCUUGAUGAUGGCUUUGCACACUCUUGGCAUUCUCUCAACCAGCUUCACCUGGAAUGCUUUUCCAACAGUCUACGGUCCUACUCAUCCCAAACCAUCUCAAUUUGGUUGAGAUCGGCGGAUUGUGGAGGCCAGGUCAUCUGAUGCAGCACUCCAUCACUCUCCUUCUUGGUCAAAUAGCCCUUACACAGCCUGGAGGUGUGUUGGGUUAUCGUCCUAUUCAAAAACAAAUAAUAAUAAUAUGCCAUUUAGCAGACGCUUUUAUCCAAAGCGACUUACAGUCAUGCAUGCAUACAUUUUUUUGUGUAUGGGUGGUCCCGGGGUUCGAACCCACUACCUUGGCGUUACAAGCGCCGUGCUCUACCAGCUGAGCUACAGAGGACCACAGAUAGUUCCACUAUCCCAAACCAUAUGGGAUGGUGUAUCGCUGCAGAAUACUGUGGUAGCCAUGCUGGUUAAGUGUGCCUUGCAUUCUAAAUAAAUCACAGACAGUGUCACCAGCAAAGCUCCUCUUCCAUGCUUUACGGUGGAAAAUAUACAUGCGGAGAUCAUCCGUUCACCCACACCGCGUCUCACAAAGAAACAGAGGUUGGAACCGAAAAUCUCCAAUUUGGACUCCAGACCAAAGGGCACAUUUCCACCGGUCUAAUGUUCAUUGCUCGUGUUUCUUGGCCCAAGCAAGUCUCUUCUUCUGAUUGGUGUCCUUUAGUAGUGGUUUCUUUGCAGCAAUUUGACCAUGAAGGCCUGAUUCACCCAGUCUCCUCUGAACAGUUGAUGUUGAGAUGUGUCUGUUACUUGAACUUAGUGAAGCAUUUAUUUGGGCUGCAAUUUCUGAGGCUGGUAACUCUAAUGAACUUAUCCUCUGCAGCAGAGGUAACUCUGGGUCUUCGAUUCCUGUGGCGGUCCUCAUGAGAGCCAGUUUCAUCAUAGCGCUUGAUGGUUUUUGCGACUGCACUUGAAGAAACUUUCAAAGUUCUUGAAAUGUUCCGUAUUGACUGACCUUCAUGUCUUAAAGUAAUGUUGGACUGUCGUUUCUCUUUGAUUAUUUGAGCUGUUCUUGCCAUAAUAUGGACUUGGUCUUUUACCAAAUAGGGCUAACUUCUUUAUACCCCCCCCUACCUUGUCACAACACAACUGAUUGGCUCAAACGCAUUAAGGAAAGAAAUUCCACAAAUUAACUUUUAAGACGGCACACCUGUUAAUUGAAAUACAUUCCAGGUGACUACCUCAUGAAGCUGGUUGAGAGAAUGCCAAGAGAGUGCAAAGCUGUCAUCAAGGCGAUGGGUGGCUAUUUAAAGAAUCUCAAAUAUAAAAUAUAUUUUGAUUUGUUUAACACUUUUUUGGUUACUACAUGAUUCCAUUAGUGUUAUUUCAUAGUUUUGAUGUCUUCACUGUUAUCCUACAAUGUAAAAAAUAGUAAAAAUAAAGAAAAACCCUUGAAUGAGUAGGUGUGUCCAAACUUUUGACUGAUACUGUAUAUAUCUGUGUUUUUUUUAAAUUGUAUACAAAAUAAAACACUAAUAUACGUAUAUUGAAUAGAUAAGUAUUUACGGUGGAAAGCAGACUGAACCAGGUUUUCCUCUAGGAUUUUGCCUGUGCUUAGCUCCAUUCCGUUUCUUUUUUAUCCUGAAAAACUCCCCACUCCUUCUGGAUGACAAUCAUACCCAUAAAAUGAUGAAUCCACCACCAUGCUUGAAAAUGUGGAGAGUGGUACUCAGUGAUGUGUUGUGUUGGAUUUGCCCCAAACAUAACGCUUUGUAUUCAGGAUAAAAAGUUCUGUCUUUUGCCAAAUGUUUUGCAGUGUUACUUUAGUACCUCGUUGCAAACAGGAUGCAUGUUUUAGAAUAUUUGUAUUCUGUACAUGCUUCCUUCUUUUCACUCUGUCAUUUAAGUUAGUAUUGUUGAGUAACUACACUGUUGUUGAUCCAUCCUCAGUUUUCUCCUACCACAGCCAUUAAAAUCUUUAACUGCUUUAAAGUCACAAUUGGCCUCAUGGUGAAAUCCCUGAGUGGUUUCCUUCCUCUCCGGCAACUCAGUUAGGAAGGAUGCCUGUAUCUUUGUAGUGACUGGAUGUAUUGAUACACCAUCCAAAGUGUAAUAAAUAACUGCACAAUGCUCAAAGGGAUAUUCAAUCUCUGUUUUAUUUAUUUUUACCCAUCAACCAAUAGGUGCCCUUCUUUGUGAGGCAUUGGAAAACCUCCCUGGUCUUUGUUGUUGAAUCUGUGUUUGAAAUUAACUUCUAGACUGAGGGACCUUACAGAUAAUUGUAUGUGUGUGGUACAGAGAUAGGGUAGUCAUUCUAAUAUCAUGUUAACCCGUUUUAUUGCACAUCUAAUUUAUUAUGUGAUUUGUUAAGCACAUUUUUACUCCUGAACGUAUUUAGGCUUGGCAUAACAAAGGGGAUGAAUACUUAUGCAACCAAUACAUUUUAGUUAUUUAUUUUGUAAUAAUUUGUAAAAACUUAUUUUUUACUUUUGUGUAGAUUAGUGACAAAAUAGCAAAAUACAAUGAAAUCCACUUUAAGGUAAAACCAGUAUUCAAAUUGAGGGGUAUGAGAGGGUAUGCCAUAGGUCUACCUUUUAUUAAAGAAAAUGGCCAAAAGCACAGGCCAUUGUUAUCUUAAGAUUUUGAAGAAAGGAAAGGAAAACAAAUCAGAUUAUAUAAAGUGAUCUAUAACAGCGCUUUGGUCCACGAUGCUUUAAACUAGACACAAGCUGUAAAAGAUGUGACUCCGAUACAUAUGGGGAUAUCAUUGGUUAAUUUCGUUGAUAUUCAGAUGCUGAGCUACAAACUUCUACAGCCGAGGAGACAAACAAUGUACUUUGCUUGAGAAGUAAUCUAAUUAUGUUACUAUCAAUUGAUUAAGCUAUUCACUUUCUGUACAAUAGAAGAUGUUUAAACCCAGACAGCUUUUAGGGAACCACUUGUGACCUCUCUUUGGGCUAAGCCAUGGAAGAAGAGUAGCCAGCAGUUAAAGCUUACAUUUUGUCUGCGUCGGUAGGCCUACUCUGUCUGGGGUGGAAAGGUAGGCCUAACUUUUAAAAGCACCAUGCUCAGAUUCCUAAUGCCUUCUCAGAUUUAAUUAUUUGCAAACAGGGACAGUUUCGUUGCAAACAAGACACACUGAUUUGGCAUUGGAGUGAUUUAAUAAAAUGAACACAUAGGUUUAUCUCUCUGUCCAUUCUUAGCCUGUAAUUUUGGUAAUUUGUGUGGUAUAAAAAAUAUUCUGCUAAUAUGUAAAACGACGUAGAAUUGAAUGACAUUUUUAUAAAAGGUCAUUUUUUUCUCGUAAUUGCAAAUACGAUGACAUAUUCAUGCAAUGCUUUUACUAUAAAGGAGAUCUUUCCACCCGUACUCUUGUUCAGAGUGGUCUGUUAACCCACAACCUUUGGCCCACAGCUCUGUGCAGGAUGAAGAACAGUUUCUAAAAAUCGAUAUCUAAGGCACUGGUCUGUCCUAGGAGUGACGGUAAACGGUAAAGGAUGUUCUCUGCUAUCCACUUUGUGUUUUAAUUAUUAUUUUGGUUGAAGGGAAGGGUCACUUUUUUUUUAUUAGGGUGAAGUGCCUUGCUCAAGAGCAUAUCUUUCAACUAGCUGCUCAGAGAUUCGAACCAGCAACCUUUCGGUUACUGGCCCAACGCUCUUCACCGCUAGGCUACCUGCCUCCCCACCUGCAAACACAUACAGUGGAUGCGAAGGUAUUCAUCCCCCUUGGCAUUUGUCCUUUUUUGUUGCCUUACAACCUGAAACUACAAUUGAUUUUUUGGGGGUUUGUAACAUUUGAUUUACACAACAUGCCUACCCAUUUGAAGAUGCAAAAUAUUUUUAUUGUGAAACAAACAAGAAAUAAGACAAUUAACUGAAAACGUGUGUGUGCAUAACUACAUCAACAUUUUAGUCUCAUCUGACCAGAGUACCUUCUUCUAUAUGUUUGGGGAAUCUCCCACAUUCCUUUUGGCGAACACCAAACGUGUUUGCUUAUUUUUUUAUUUAAUCAAUGGCUUUUUUCUGGCCACUCUUCCAUAAAGCCCAGCUCUGUGGAGUGUACGGCUUUAAAUGGUCCUAUGGACAGAUACUCCAAUCUCCGCUGUGGAGCUUUGCAGCUCCUUCAGGGUUAUCUUUGGUCUCUUUGUUGCCUCUGAUUAAUGCUCUCCUUGCCUGGUCCAGGAGUUUUGGUGGCCGGCCCUCUCUUGGCAGAUUUGUUGUGGUGCCAUAGUCUUUCCAUUUUUUUAUAAUGGAUUUAAUGGUGCUCCGUGGGAUGUUCAAAGUUUCUGAUAUUUUUUUAUAACCCAACCCUGAUCUGUACUUUUCCACAACUUUGUCCCUGACCAGUUUGGAGAGCUCCUUGGUCUUCAUGGUGCCGCUUGCUUGGUGGUGCCCCUUGCUUAGUGGUGUUGCAGACUCUGGGGCCUUUCAGAACAGGUGUAUAUAUGCUGAGAUCAUGUAACUGAUCAUGUGACACUUAGAUUGCACACAGGUGGACUUUAUUUAACUAAUUAUGUGACUUCUGAAGUUAAUUGGUUGCACCAGAUCUUAUUUAGGGGCUUCAUAGCAAAGGGGGUGAAAUACAUAUGCACGCACCACUUUUCCGUUAUUUAUUUUUUAUAAUUUUUUGAAACAAGUUAUUCUUUUCAUUUCACUUCACUAAUUUGGACUAUUUUGUGUAUGUCCAUUACAUGAAAUCCAAAUAAAAAUCCAUCUAAAUUACAGGUUGUAAUGCAACAAAAUAGGAAAAAACGCCAAGGAGGAUGAAUACUUUUGCAAGGCACUGUACAUGCUGUGUAUACUAACAUGCACCACAUGCAGUGCAACUCUCUCAACUCUCUCUUUCUCCCUCUCUUUCUCCUCUUGAGUCUUCCUCCCACUUCAGGAAGAAACAGAUUUGAAACUCUUCCCCUGGUCCUUAGUGUAGACACACACCAGGCAGGGGAGGGGAGAGGAGAGGAAUGUGCCUAUUUGAAAGAUAGAAAAAAAUGAGUAGCUCAUGACAUGUUUCAUUUUUAAAAAGUAGCUCUCAUGCUAGAAGAAGUUGAGAGCCCUGGUGUACUGACUGUAUGUGUCCCGUACCUCUCCUUCAGGGAGCUCUGGUGUACUGACUCUCUGUGUUCUGUACCUCUCCUUCAGGGAUCCUGGUGUACUGACUCUCUGUGUUCUGUACCUCUCCUUCAGGGAGCUCUGGUGUACUGACUCUCUGUGUCCUGUACCUCUCCUUCAGGGAGCUCUGGUGUACUGACUCUCUGUGUUCUGUACCUCUCCUUCAGGGAGCUCUGGUGUACUGACUCUCUGUGUUCUGUACCUCUCCUUCAGGGAGCUCUGGUGUACUGACUCUCUGUGUUCUGUACCUCUCCUUCAGGGAGCUCUGGUGUACUGACUCUCUGUGUUCUGUACCUCUCCUUCAGGGAGCUCUGGUGUACUGACUGUCUGUGUUCUGUACCUCUCCUUCAGGGAGCUCUGGUCACAGCAUGUGCAGAUGAAACACUACACCUGUGGAACCUUCGCCAGAGACGCCCAGCCAUCUUGCACUCGCUCAAAUUCAACAGGGAAAGGUAAGUCUCUACAUGCAGUGACACAAAUGCACACACACCCACACACACACAUACACACAAACACACACACACACACACACACAAUCACAUACACCCAUAGGACCUUGCAUAAAGGCAUGCAUAUUUUCUGUUUGACAUCUCAUGGCUCAAUGGAUGGAUUAGACUUCAAGGCCUAUGUGUGUAAUUCUAGUUAGACUGCAUACAUCUACAUGUCUCAAGGUUCCCUAUCUACCUCUCUCAAGGUUCCCCAUCUACCUGUCCCAAGGUUCCCCAUCUACCUGUCCCAAGGUUCUCCAUCUACCUGUCCCAAGGUUCCCUAUCUACCUGUCCCAACAUUCCCCAUCUACCUGUCCCAAGGUUCCCCAUCUACCUGUCCCAAGGUUCCCCAUCUACCUGUCCCAAGGUUCCCCAUCUACCUGUCCCAAGGUUCCCUAUCUACCUGUCCCAACAUUCCCCAUCUAUCUGUCCCAAGGUUCCCCAUCUACCUGUCCCAAGGUUCCCCAUCUACCUGUCUCAAGGUUCCCCAUCUACCUGUCCCAACAUUCCCCAUCUACCUGUCCCAACGUUCCCCAUCUACCUGUCCCAACGUUCCCCAUCUACCUGUCCCAAGGUUCCCCAUCUACCUGUCCCAAGGUUCCCCAUCUACCUGUCCCAAGGUUCCCCAUCUACCUGUCCCAAGGUUCCCCAUCUACCUGUCCCAAGGUUCCCUAUCUACCUGUCCCAACAUUCCCCAUCUACCUGUCUCAAGGUUCCCCAUCUACCUGUCCCAACGUUCCCCAUCUACCUGUCUCAAGGUUCCCCAUCUACCUGUCCCAACAUUCCCCAUCUACCUGUCCCAACGUUCCCCAUCUACCUGUCCCAACGUUCCCCAUCUACCUGUCCCAACGUUCCCCAUCUAUCUGUCCUAAGGUUCCCCAUCUAUCUGUCCCAACGUUCCCCAUCUACCUGUCUCAAGGUUCACUAUUAAUAUAUUAGAGUCAGACUAGUAUCUGCUUCAACAUUUGAGGAUGUUUUCUCAAACUUUGCUCUAAUAUUUUCUUAAGUCCUUUUAGCCAGACUCUGCACUAACUCCACCAUGCUGACCCCCUAUUCACGGCAUACGCCUACACAAUACCUCUGUCUCAUUCAGGGCAGACAGGGUCAAGCAGAUAAUGUCUGA